CAUCUAUAUCAAUGAUGACUCCAUUUUCGAACCAGAGGAACAGUUCAGGAUCUACCUUGGCCAUCCUCUUGGAAACCACUGGAGUGGAGCAAGAAUUGGGAAGAGCAACAUGGCCACCAUCACCAUAUCCAAUGAUGAAGAUGCCCCAACUAUUGAGUUUGAAGAGGCUGCAUACCAAGUCCGGGAGCCUGCUGGACCAGAUGCUCUUGCAAUUCUGAACAUCAAAGUGAUCCGGAGAGGAGACCAGAAUAGGACCUCUAGGGUCCGCUGCAGCACUCGAGAUGGUUCUGCCCAGUCGGGUGUUGAUUAUUACCCAAAGAGUCGUGUCCUGAAGUUCAGUCCUGGUAAUGAAAAGGGAAUCCCAGGAUGUGCUAUUUAUUCAUUGGAGUCUAUUUAGCAUUGGAAAAAGGGACUAAAGAGAGGAAGGAAAGAAAGAAAUAAUGUCUAAGAAGCAUUUGCAUAUGCAGAAAAAUUUUUAAUAAUGAAUUAGCAAAAAUAAUGAGGAAGGGAGAAAGGAAGGUUUAGAUCAGUGAUUUCCAAAG